AUGGAAUAUAAAAAACUUCUUAUUAACAAAAACGGAGAAGACGGUGUACAGUUGGCUGCAGAACGAGCCACUCCAUAUGAUGCAUCACUAGAAUACAAACCUAAAUCAGAGAAUAAAAACCAUAUUAAACGAUCUACUCGUCAACAAACAGGAUCAUCUUUGUUUCAUUGGAAAGCAAUAUUAGUUUUAAUUAUCAUUGCCAUUAUUAGCGUAAUAACUAUCAUUAGUAUUACAAUAUGGGUUCUUUUCAUUAAAAAGACCGGAACAGCAAUUAAUACAACUGCGGCUACAAUUGAUGUAUCGAUAACAGGAACAACAAUGUUUACAGCGUCGACAACAAAAACCGCAGUGAUUACAACGUCGACAACCGAAACGACAAUUAAUACAACUACAAGUACAAUUAGUGCAUCGACAACAGAAACAACAAUGUUUACAAUGUUGGCAACAGAAAGAACAAUGCUUAUAACGUCGACUAAUUCUCGUACAACAAUGAAUGUAUCAGGAUUCAAUAAAUGGAAACAAAAUGCCAUCACUGUAGCUGGUGGAAAUGGACAAGGACAACAAGUAAAUCAACUCAAUGGUCCAGAAGGAAUCUUUAUUGAUAAAAACAAAAAUAUUUUCAUUGCUGAUUUUUAUAAUCAUCGCAUUGUUGAAUGGAAAUAUAAUGCAAAAGAAGGACAAAUCAUUGCAGGUGGAAAUGGCAUAGGAGAUCAAACAGAUCAAAUGAAUUAUACAACAGAUGUGAUUAUUGAUCAACAAAAUCAUUCGAUCAUCAUUGCUGAUCGUGGGAACAAACGAGUGAUUCAAUGGCUGAAUCAAAAUCAACAAAUUCUCAUUGAGAAUAUUUCUUGUUAUGGCUUGGCAAUGGAUAAACAUGGGUUUCUUUAUGUUUCUGAUCAAGGGAAGAAUCAUGAAGUGAGACGAUGGAAAAUGGGAGAAUACACUGAAGGAAUGGUAGUGGCAGGUGGAAAUAAACAAGGUGAUCAACUCAAUCAACUUAGUUAUCCUGAUUUUAUCUUUGUUGAUGAAGACCAAUCUGUUUAUGUAUCAGAUUACAACAAUCAUCGUGUGAUGAAAUGGAGAAAAGAUGUAAAAGAAGGAAGAAUUGUUGCUGGAGGAAAUGGUCACGGAGAAAAUCUCAAUCAGUUGCAUUAUCCUUACGGAGUAAUUGUUGAUGAUUUAGGUCAAAUCUACGUGGCAGAUUUUGAGAAUAAUCGAGUAAUGCGUUGGCGUGAAGAAAAAGAAGAAGGUGAAAUUUUUGUUGGUGGAAAUAGUCAGGGAAGUCAAUCAGAUCAAUUGGAAGGUCCUAUGGGAUUAUCCUUUGAUGAUGAAGGAAAUUUUUAUGUUGCUGAUAUGAUAAAUCAUCGAAUUGAAAAAUUUGAAAUAGUUUAAAUUAAAUUUAUUGGAAUGCUUGAAACUAAUGAACCAUAUUCUAAAGAACAUAAUAUAGACACAUCUAAAAAAUAUUUAAAAUGUAUGGCACCACUGAAAAUUUGGCUUGAAAUGGAAGUUGAUAUACAUCGUGAACUUUCAACAAUUUCUCCAUUAUUUUUGAUUGCUACUACUUUUGGUAAUGUUCGACUCCACCCCGAAUUACUUCGUAAAAAUCAAGAAUAUGUUAAAGAAAAAUUAAAUUUAAAAGAUAAUAAAUCUAUUUUUCUUGUUUUUUAUGGUAGUUCUAGUUCAACAAAAGAUGAAAUAAAAACAGCUAUUCAAAAUAGUGUUGUUAAAAUGAAUAUUGGGAAGGAAUUUUAA